AUGGAUUUUAUCCCGACUCGAGACCUCAUUGUAGCGCGAUAUGCAACUGAAGUCACUCGAAUCGAGGACUUCGCCGAUCAAGAUGUUAGAGGCUGGCUGACAAUCAACCGUUCAGCGCGAGAUGGCAGGCGGACCCCAUGGGCCCUUCGUAUUCUUCCGGACUAUGUCGACGAGAUCAACAACCACUUCCCUCGAGCUCUGACUGCCAUAGAAAACAGUCGCAAUGUCGGCUGCCUCAACGGUAUCGCUCUGCUCAACUCCAGGAUCAAAAUCACAACUCUCGGCGGUCUUGACCGUCCGCGCGAACUGUACCGAGCCAUACAUAGUGGCCAGCCUGACGAUGGGAUAAAGUCGAGGCUAGGCCGUGAGAGCGACGCAGUUUUCUUCCAUCAUCAUCUUCGGCGACACUUGAGGUGGCAAAGUCGCGAGGCAAGUCCCUUUCUUUCAGCGACUGAUGACCUCGGAAAGGCUGUCCGAAUUGCUGCAAUUUACGUUGCGAAGGGCUUUGAUGAUGUCCGGAUUAUCAAGUUCAACACCCAAGGACCUGGUUGGGAUCACGAUGUGAAUCGAAUGUGGAACCCCCGCGAGCUGGCCAGAAUUUUGAGCCCGCGUGACGACAAGGACUACUUGGAUAACGAGGUGCUCGUUGAGCACUCUAUACCGAAGAACAGCAUUGUCUCUACAUACAAAUGGCAAGUGCACAAGACGCAUCUGGACCCGGGCGGCUGGAUUGAGGCACACGCAAGAGCGGUUCAGUUGACGAGAGCCAAGAUCAAGACGAAUCGCCAAGAAAAGGCUCGGAAACUUCGUGAGGACAAGAUCAAGAAAGCUGCGGAGGAGACGGAGACGAAGGGAAGCGUCGAAGCUCAAGACAAGCUGGGACCACAAUAUGAUGGGAAAGGAUCCGGCAAGAAGCGAAAAGCCAAUGACGACGGGGGCGAGGAGUCUUCUCCAGUCGCGACAAGACCUAAGCGUCACAAGAUCGGUGAAAAGAUGGCUGCCAACUCAAGCCUUUAA